AUGCACGUUCCCGAGGCCCAGCGACCCUUCCUGGACACUGUCCAGGAAGCACUUCGUCGAUAUGAUGAGCAGCUGAAAGAUAUCAAUCACAAGAUUUGGUCGAAUCCAGAGCUCGCCUAUAAGGAAUAUCAGGCUCAUGACCACAUCUGCGAGCUCUUCAACGGCCUUCAGUCAAGUGGGUAUCAAGUUCGCCCCAAGGCCUAUGGCCUGGAGACAGCUCUGGAGGUUGAGUUCACCCAUGGAAGUGGUGGGCGUGUGGUUGUGUAUAAUGCGGAGUAUGAUGCCCUCCCUGGCAUUGGUCAUGCUUGCGGCCACAACUUGAUCGCAACAAGCUCUAUCGCAGCAUUUAUUGCGACUUGUGAGGCGAUGAAGACACAGGCGCAGUCAUCCGGCAUCUCGGGAUUCACCGUCCGUCUGCUCGGUACUCCCGCUGAAGAAUCUGGCGGUGGUAAGGUGAAGCUGAUCGAGGCGGGCGCCUACAAAGAUGUAGAUGCUUGCCUGAUGGUGCACCCUGUUCCAAUGUCACCUAAUCGCCCUGAUGUGCACGGUGUUGCGACAGUUGUGGAAGGAGGAUAUCUGGCAAAUAACAAAGUUAAGGUAACGUUCACAGGAAAGCCAUCCCACGCAGCAGCGGCGCCCUGGGAGGGUAUCAAUGCGCUUGAUGCAGUGGUUUCCGCAUACGUGAAUAUCUCUCUUCUUCGACAACAGAUUUUGCCCUCUCAAAAGAUCCAUGGUGUCAUUGUGAAUGGAGGCGCUCGCCCCAACAUCAUCCCUAUGUCCGCAUCGGUGGAUUACUACAUUCGAUCACCGACCAAGAAAACCCUCAAGCCUUUAACAGAGAAAGUCAUCAACUGCUUUGAGGCUGCUGCCACUGCUACCGGGUGCAAAGUGGAAUAUGAAUGGGGGGUUGGUUAUGACGACCUCAAGAGCAAUAUGCCGAUUUGUGAAAGCUACGUCUCGGCAAUGCGGGCAAUGGGUCACCACACCCUUCUCGAUAACUCGGAACAGAAGGGUGCACUUGCGGGAGCGUCGACUGAUAUGGGCAAUGUAUCGUAUGUUGUACCGGGCUUCCACGGUAUUUUCUGUAUUCCAGCCAAAGGCGUCAACCAUACGCCGGAAUUCACUAGUGGGGCUGGUUCACCCGAGGGAUUCGAGAGGGCAAUCGGCUGUGCUGCCGGAAUGGCUGUCGUUGGAUGCCAGAUACUGGUUGACGACGACUUUGCCGAGGCAGUGAAGAAGGAUUUCCAGCGCGAGUGA